CUCUCUCUUCUCUCUCUCUCUCUCUCUCUCUAUCAUAUUAGCUCUAUAUCAUAUCAUAUAUAUAUAUAUAUAAAUAUAAAUAUUAUUGAUUGAAGAAAAUGUUGUCUAAGAAGAUUAGUAGUGAUUCACAUGGGCAAGAUUCAUCUUACUUCAUGGGAUGGAUGGAAUAUGAAAAGAAUCCCUAUGAUGAAAUUCACAACCCCAAUGGAAUUAUUCAGAUGGGUCUUGCUGAAAAUCAGCUUUGUUUUGAUCUUCUUGAGAAAUGGCUUGGUGAGAAUCCAGAUGCACUUGGGUUAAGAAGUAGUACUAAUGGUCAAUCUCUUUUUAAAGAGCUUGCUCUUUUCCAAGACUACCAUGGCUUGCCUUCUUUCAAAAAUGAAAUGGCAGAAUUGAUGGGUAAAUUAAGAGGUAACAAAGUGAAGUUUGAAAGUGAUAAGAUUGUUCUAACAGCUGGUGCAACUUCUGCAAAUGAAACCCUAAUGUUUUGCCUUGCUGACCCUGGUGAUGCUUUUCUUCUUCCUGUUCCUUAUUAUCCAGGAUUCGACAGAGAUUUAAAGUGGAGAACAGGAGUAGAAAUAGUUCCAAUCCAUUGUUCAAGCUCAAAUGAUUUCAAAAUCACUUCAUCAUCACUAGAACAAGCCUACAACCAAGCCCAAAAGCUUGACCUAAAAGUCAAAGGAAUCCUCAUAACAAACCCAUCAAAUCCAUUGGGUACAACCCUGACCCGACCCGAACUCGAACUCCUCCUAGAUUUCGCCUUAGCCAAAGGGGUCCACAUAGUCAGCGACGAAAUAUAUUCGGGCACAGUUUUCGACGAAUCAAAUUUCACCAGCAUAGCAGAAGUAGUCAACGACCGUACACAAGAAGUCAACGACGACACGUCAUCAUCACUAAAGACACGUGUCCACAUUGUGUACAGUCUCUCCAAAGAUUUAGGAAUACCAGGAUUCAGAGUAGGAAUGAUAUAUUCACAAAAUGAAAAUAUCAUCUCGGCUGCCACGAAAAUGUCGAGUUUCGGACUCAUCUCGUCUCAAACUCAGUACACAUUAUCUCGUAUGUUAUCGGACGAGAAAUUCAUGAAAAAAUACGUGAGAAAGAACAGGAAGAGAUUGAGAAAGAGAAAGGAAAUUCUCGUCUCGGGCCUUAAAAGUGCUGGGAUUAAGUGUUUGAAGAGUAACGGUUGUUUGUUUUGUUGGGUCGAUAUGAGAAGUUUGAUGAGAUGUAAUAGUUUCGAGGAAGAGAAAUUGAUAUGGAAGAGAAUCGUUUAUGAAGUUGGGUUGAAUAUCUCGCCGGGGUAUUCUUGUCAUUGCAGUGAGCCUGGUUGGUUCAGAUUGUGUUUUGCUAAUAUGUCUGAAGAAACACUCCACGUGGCAAUCAAGAGAAUUAAGAAUUUUGCUGAGCUUAUCCAUAGAGAGAAUAGUGUUAUUCUUAAACCCAAACAGGUUAAUAACUUGUUAUUGAGUAGGAAUUUUUCAAGAACAAGGUCUUUAACUAGAUGGGUUGUUCAGUUGGCUAAUUCUGAUGAAAUUCAUCUUGAAAAUGGUAGAUAAUAAUUAAUUUUUAAAAAUUUGUAUUUUAAUUGAAGUUUAAAAAUUGGAUUAGAAGAUAAUAAUUAUUUAUUUAAUUAUAUUCAGAUUUGUUGGGUUUUGUUGUACUAGCUAGGUUGAUUUCUAUCUAUGUACAAUUGGAUUUGUCACACAAAUAAAGACAUUAUUUAUUUAUUUUAUAAUUUAUUGUAGAAAUUCUAUUUGUAUCCCACAAAAUAAUUUUUAAUAAUUACUUUUAAUAUUUUUGAAAAUUUCUUUUCUGGUACUGUUUUUAAUUAAUUUUAAUAUUUAUUUUUAUUUUAUUUUCUUUUUUUAAAAAGAAAUCAUGUGUAAUUUUUUUCUAAUAAAUUUUGUUAUAUUAUUUGUAAAUAAUAUAAUGUAUUGAUUAAAUAUGUGUAACAAAUAUAUGACAAUUGUCAUCAUUUUGUAACAUUUGGAGGAG